ACCUGCUACGUUAGAUGUCAUACUAUUCCAAGUUUGAAAUUCUUUAAAAGUGCUGUGCUUUUAGAUUCAAGUUUUGAGGUGUUUCUAUUGAUUAAACAUCUCAAAAAUAUUCAUUAACAUGUCACAACAAAUGAAUAUUCUAUGUUGCUUUUCCUGCAAUAUCUAUCAGGUUCAUAUAGUCAAAACUUCAAAGAAAUGGCAAUGCAAAAUAUGUAAUAAAAAACAGCCCUUCAGACAGAUAUUUUUUCAAGGGUCAGGGAAAGAUUGUCGUGUUCAGGUUCAAAAAUUAAAUGCGAUGAAAGAAUACGAAAGUCAAAUGAAUCCAUCUUUCGAGAUGGUCAGUAGUACACAUCAUAGUAAUUACCAGAAUAAUUACACUGACCAACCUAAAGCAAAAAUAUCAGAAAACAAAUGGGCAAAGUAUUUAGACACAUCUGAUAAAGAUCUGUUUAAUGCUGUUGAAAAUUCUAAUCAUGAAUAUGUUUUUGAUAAAGCAAUUGAUGAUUCUGUUUACUCAAAUAAUGAUAAUUCUUCACAUGGAUGUUCUCAAAGUAGCAACAUAUAUAGUAAUUUUGAUCAGAAUGAUACUACACAAAUUGUUAGUUCUGACGAUGAAGCAGAAUCUCCUAGUUUUGUAGAACAAGAAAUUUCUCAUACUAUAUUGACUACUAGGGAUGAUAACAAAAGUAAUGAUUCUUAUAACUCGAAUACCACAGAAACAAAUAAGAAAAAUAUUUUUGAUGAUAAUGAAGACUUUGAUCUCGUCAUUGAUUUUUAACUUUCUUAAUUUAAAUAAUUUGAUAACUUUUAAUUUAAAUAAUUAUCCCCAUAUGUGUAACAUAUAUUUAUUCUCUAUAGUAUGUGUAUAAGAAGUACAUGUUAGUAAUUCUUCAAUUUCUUUUCUUCAUAAAAA